CGGCUACAGAGAAGCACAGCCGUGUGGAUCUACCGACAAGUAUGGACGGGCUGGCUGUGGAAGUUCGCGGCUCUAAUGGGGCCUUCUACAAGGGUUACAUCAAAGAUGUCCACGAAGACUCACUCACAAUUGUAUUUGAAAACAACUGGCAGCCAGAGAGACAGUUGCCUUUCAGCGACGUACGAUUGCCUCCUCCGGCAGACUACCACAAAGAAAUUGGUGAAGGAGAGGAGGUGGAGGUUUACUCCAGGGCCAAUGAACAGGAGCCAUGUGGCUGGUGGCUGGCGCGGGUCAGAAUGAUGAAAGGAGAGUUUUAUGUGAUUGAAUAUGCAGCAUGCGACGCCACAUACAAUGAGAUUGUCACAGCAGAGCGCAUCAGACCCCUCAACCCCAACAGCCCUUCUUCUCGAAACUCCUUCCACAAGGUCCCCGUCCCUGUCCCAGAAGACCUGAGAGACAUCUGUGCAAAUGACAACAUUCACAAAGACUUCAGGAAAGCUAUUGGAGCCAACUGCAUCUUCUACAGUGCCCAAACACACGAACUCAUUGUGCUGUCUACAAAUGAAACCACAGUAAAGCGUGCAACUCUUCUGAGUGACAUGCAUUUUCGCAGUAUCCGCACCAAACUUAUGCUAAUGUCCCGCAACGAAGAAGCCACCAAACACUUGGAGACAAGUAAGCAGUUAGCGUCAGCAUACCAGGAGGAGGUGAGGGUCAGGGAGGACCUGAUGGGUCUUGCCAUUGGCUCCCACGGUGCCAAUAUCCAGCAGGCAAGAAAGGUGCCUGGUGUCACAGCCAUUGAGCUGGAGGAGGAAAGCUGCACAUUCAGGAUUUAUGGAGAGACUCCAGAAGCUGUGAAGCAAGCCAGAGAGUAUCUUGAGUUCAAAGAAGACUAUUUUCAGGUACCCAGGAACCUUGUAGGCAAAGUCAUUGGCAAGAACGGCAAAGUCAUUCAGGAGAUUGUGGACAAGUCAGGCGUGGUCCGUGUCAGGAUUGAGGGAGACAACGACAAAAAGCUUCCCCGGGAGGAGGUAGGCAGGCAGGGGGCUGGCAGGGACGACACUGCUAGCAGCAAAGAGGGCAUGGUUCCCUUCGUGUUUGUGGGAACUAAAGAGAACAUUAGCAAUGCUCAGGCUCUGUUGGAGUACCAUGUGUCCUAUCUCCAGGAAGUGGAGCAGCUACGCUUAGAGCGUCUGCAGAUUGAUGAGCAGCUCCGUCAGAUCGGGGUUGGGUACCGCGCACCUGCCAGCCGAACCGGGGGACCUGGUGUUGACCGGGAGAAAGGCUACUUGACAGAUGAGAGCACCAACUCCCUCCACACCUCUCGCACUUACGGUGGUCGUGGCAGAGGACGCAGGCCCUCCAACAGCCAGUACUCUGGCUAUGGCACAAACUCUGAACUGUCCAAUGCUUCGGAGUCUGAGGAUGUCAUCGAGCGAGACCAGCGGCCCCGUGGCAUAGGCGGUGAGGAGAGAGGCUCCCGACGGGGUGGCAGGGGCAGAGGCUCCACCUCAGGACGUGGCCGUGGAGGGGCAGGCUCUAAGCCCUCCAACUCCAUCAGCUCAGUGCUGAGGGACCCAGACAGUAACCCAUAUUCACUGCUGGAGGGUGAGGGAGAUCUGGCCGACACAGACGUCAGCGAAGGCACAGGAGGAGACCGUCGUAGACGCUCCCGCCGUCGCCGCAAUGACCAGGAGCCCAGCGUGAUUGAUGCUGCUGCAGAAUCAGAUAGCCAAGCUGGCCCCAGUGAGAACGGACUGGAUGAUGAAGCCCGACCUCAGCGCCGCAACCGCAGCCGCCGCCGCCGUAACCGCGUUGGCCGUCCAGAGGGAGGUUCGGCCAGCCGUGACAGACAGCCAGGUGAGAGUGUGACUGUUGCAGACUACAUAUCCCGUGCUGAGUCCCAGAGCAGACAGAACUUGCCCCAGAAGGAAAACCAUGCUGGUCCUGAGCCCAAGGAGAACGGGACCAGCGCCAAGACGGAUGAGCAAACGCCCUCCAAGCGUUCCCCCAGCAACGGCAUGACCUCGGCCAGCGAGACACUGACCUUGGUCAACGGGGUGUCGUAAAGAGACGGCCCUGCCCCUCGCGAACCCAAGUCUAGAGCAAGACUCCAUGGCAAACUCUGUCCCUGCUUGCAUUAACUUAAACCUUAAACUGAUGAGUGAAAAGUACCUGACAAAAUACCUGAAUUCAUACUAUGACAGUGAAAAAGUACAAAAAAACGACAAACGCAUCUACUUUAAAACACACGUUAACGGUGUAUGCUAUCCUAUCUAUCAGUACUUAGUGCUUAUUUAAAGAAAAAAAAAAACAACUAGCUAGC